AUGAACCCCUUGGAUGCUAUCUGCAACCGUAAACGCAACGAUGCAGUUUGUGUCUCGAAUUUGAAAAAUGCCAAAACUGUGGACAAAGGCGUGUUGGUCGAACGUCCUGAUGUAAAAAUAUUCUUACCAUUCCGGUUCUUUGUUUACGAUGUGAAGAAUCUAUUUAUUGCCAAUACUUACAACCGCUAUUUAGUUGCUCCCAGCGGUGACCAUCUUAUAUCGCUGAUCGAUGAAAUCACCUACGCCUCACCACCGGCGCCACUGCUCUCACAAAUGAACGACGUCUCACCGGAACUCUUCUGCAAUGGCGACAAUCGGCCGGCAAAUUGUGCCAAUAACUGUCAGUGCGUACAUAAAGUAGACAUACCACUUGGCGCUGUCGUCGAAGUGGUGCUUGUGGAUGAAGUACAGCAAACUAAUCUCAGUCAUCCAUUUCAUUUACAUGGUUCACCCUAUUACGUUGUCGGUCUGGGACGUUCACCGGAUCAAAAUAUAAAGAAGAUUAAUCUAAAACAUGCUUUGGAUUUGGAUCGAUUGGGUAUGCUAGAGCGUGAUUUCACCAAACCGACACUCAAGGACACCAUUGCCGUGCCAAAUAACGGUUAUGUAAUUCUACGAUUUCGUGCCAGCAAUCCCGGCUUUUGGCUCUUCCAUUGUCAUUUCCUCUUCCAUGUAGCGAUUGGCAUGAAUUUAAUAUUUCAUAUAGGCACACAAGAAGAUUUGCCACCAGUACCGCCGAAUUUUCCACGUUGCGGCGAUCACUUGCCACCCAUACAGUACUUUUGA